UUCUUGAUGCGUUUCAGAAUGUUUAUUCCUUUAUUGCCAUUUUCAUUCUCACAGCCUCAAAUAUAAAUCACAAAAAAGCAGAGUCUGUGCAAACUGUUUUCUUUUUUCAAGUUCGAGAUAAAUUUGGUUGAAUUGACGCAAAGGAAAGAUUUUGAAUAAAUUGCGUGUCGCAAUUUAUGCAAUUAGGUCAGCAGUUGGUGGCAAAAGUCAACAAUUGACGCAGAAUAACGAUUUGGCAAUCGUUUUUUGUGGAAAUUUAUCUUGGAAAGUAGUAAUCUUGAUAGAUUAAACCACUUUGAAAUAGAUAAAAGUUUAGGGCGUCUGGCGUCAUGUAACAUUCCACAGUAGCUUCAAUUGUGUUUAGCACAAUUAGUACUUUUCUUGCACUUGACGUUGAUUGAACGACGUCAACCAGUGAAAUGGACGAAACAGUGACAAAUACGAAAUUCCGUAUGGAAAAGGUUGCACCUGAAGGCGGAUGGGGCUACUUGAUUGGAAUCGGAUUAGCAUUGCCUUUUGCAUGCUGUUUAGGUGCCCUUGGCUCCUUUGGAUUGAUGUUCAAUGAAUUCUUAACAAAUCUCGGCGCUGGAACUUCUGCUGUGACUAUAGUUAACGGUGCCUUUUUUAGUGCAUUGAGCUUUGCAAGCUUAUUUUCGAGCACUUUAUUCAGGCAAUUCUCAAUGCGUUCAGUGGGAGUGUUUGGCAGUUUAGUAUAUUUUGCUGGCAGCCUAAUGACAAUAUUUGUUACAUCGGUGGAACAUUUGAUUGUUUCAUUCGGUGUAUUACAGGGGGCUGGUAUCGGAUUUAUGGCACCAGUGGGAUACACUAUUUUCAAUCAUUAUUUUGUUAGAAAGCGUGUCUUCAUGAUGGGCAUCAUGCAAGCAUUAAAAGGCAUCGGGAUAAUGGGUUAUCCGAUCAUGGUGCAGUUUCUGAUGGAGAGAUACGGAUUUCGUGGCACAAUGGCGGUGAUUGCGGCAAUAAACGCCCACGCGAUCCUAGGAAUGCUCGCUAUGCACCCUAUCGAAUGGCACUACAAAGUCAUAAAAGUUCCUGUCGACGAAGAUGAGCCCUUGAUGGAUCCAAAUGCAAACAUAAAUGAAGUGAAAGUCAACAUGAUAUCUGAGGACGGCGAAUAUGAAUUUAAUCAGACCAAAUUAGAAAAACCAAAUGAAGUUAAGAGCCCGAGAGUGAAGAAGUUGAGUUUAAUCUUGAACAGCAGUGCACGGGAAGAAGUUUAUAGGAAACUUGAACGCAGCAAAUCGCUUGAUCCAACGCAAAAGAUAGACUUUGAUUAUGUUCGGACGCGUGUUUCGAGUAUCAUGAGCUUGGGAGACAUGGGUGGCGACGCUAUGGUCAUCGAAACAUUUGAACGGACUAAAAACGGAAGACUGAAAAAAGUGAUUGAUUUCCUUGACUUGACGCUAUUCAAGGACUUGGUUUAUGUGAAUAUGGUGCUCGGUGUUUCCUUUGGCUUAUACUCAGAUAAUGCUUUCUUCACAUUGCUUCCGUUGUACUUGUUCGAAUUGAAUUUCCCCAAACCCGACACAGCAAUGAUCGUAGCAACUGGCGCUGCUGCCGACAUGACAUCGAGAGUUUUUCUGGCUAUAAUGAGCUUGUUCAUUGAAAUUAAAGCGCGAAACUUGUUUUGGGCGGGAGCCAUCGGAAUAAUUCUUCUACGAUUUGUUUUCCUGAACAUGACUAGUUUCAGCGGAAUGAUAGUCAUUGUAGCCAUAUUAGGUUUCCUACGAACUUGGCUACAUGUACCAAUUUCACUCAUUUUUGCCGAAUAUUUACCAAAAGAACGUUUUCCAACGGGCUAUUCUUUGUUCAUGUUCUUCCAAGGAAAUUUUGCUUUUUUGGUCGGGCCAUUCAUCGGAUACGUUCGCGAUGUAACAAAGAGUUACAUCAUUUGCUUCAACUCGCUUACGUUCAUCAUGAGUUUAUGUGCGAUACCGUGGCUUCUUGAAGCUAUAUGGCUACGAAUGCACCCGCAAAGGAUUGAUGACAAUGAUGAAAGCACGUGCGACAGAAACUAAAAGAAAAGUCAUUUUGAUAGAUAAACAGAUUGAACAUUUCCGUAAACAAAGCCAAACGUUUCAUAGUUAGAAAUAAAUUUCACCAUUUGAUGAAACAUACAACGAAAAAGUAUAGAAAAUAUAAAUUAAAAGAUUUCAUUUAUUCUACGUGUUGAAUCUGUCUCAAACCUACAGAAGAGUAUUCUCUAUAUAAACUGUAAAAUGUCAAAUGUCUUCUUGUACCUUUAUGCACACUAAACUGAAGAUGUUAUCUUUGAUAAUCAAAUAAGAAAAUUUGGAUAUUUUCGGAGACAAAGCCACUAUUAUCUUCUGAUACAAGAAAAAUAAAAUAAGAUUUUUUGUACCUGGAAUGCGUUAGAGUAACGCGAUAAGUGCCCGACUUGAGACCAUAAGACAGCAUUGCGACAUUCGGCCCUUUCUACAAACUUUGGGCUGAUUUGAUCAAG